GCACUGAGAAGAUAGUGUGACAUCAAAGUGAAAAAAGAGUCACCUUUUUUGGGUUUUAUUCCCUUCUUCUCCAAAGAGAGAAAGAGAUCUCUGGAUCUGUAGAUCUCUGCGAGGUUUGAGGCCCUUCUUCUCUCUGAAUCUCUCGCAUUUCUUUGAAUUUGUUGGUGCUUCAAUCUUUUGUUAGCAGGAUUUGUUUUGUUUGAAGAACAGAAGCUCAGAGAUUUUUAUAGAUCUGUAUAAUUUUUUUUUGUUUUAGAAAUUGAAGGAUGAUGAUGAAGCAGCAAUCUAGCAGGAUUCAGAGAGCAAAAGGGCUCAAAUUGAAAUAUGUUCUUCAAAUUUGUGUGUUGAUUGCUAUAUGCAUUUGGUUGAUUUAUCAAGUCAAGCAUUCUCAUGACAAGAAGAAGGAAUUCGAGGAUAAAAACCCGAGAACUUCAACCAAUUUCAAUGAUGAUCAGCUUGCUAUGUUUAAUCUUGGUAGGAAAGAUCUUGCUCGAAUUGUUGAUAUACCAAUUGCCGAAAUGGAUUCGGGGGAUGAGACUGAGACUGAGACUGGAACAGAGAGUGAGGAGGAGCGGAAAGACGAAGGCGAUGAAGAGAAGAAACUCGAAGGAGUUGAGGUGGGAGGAGGGAGAGGUGGUGGAGAUGAUGAGAUUGAUGAGCUGGAUCAAGAGAAAGCCGAUGAGGAAGCAGAGAGGGGUGAGCAGUUAGCUGAAGAAGAAGACCGGGAUGCGGCACUUGGCCAGUUGAAGUUGUUUGAUUCUGAGGAACAUGAAGGUGGUGCUUCUCAGGAGGCUCGGGAAGAGUCUUUUAAAGGUGACGAUGCUUCGAGUGCAGUGUUUGAGGAUACUCAAAAGAUGGGGACGGAUUCGGGUGGUGAUCCGAGGAAAUUGGAUGAGGAACAAUUGGAGAUUAUGGAGAAGAAUGAGUCGGCAAAUGUUGUGAGUGAAGUGGAUGAUGAUCGUUCUGUGAGGGAUGAUUCGGGGCUGAAUGAGAGCUUGUUGAGUGAACAUGUUAACACAAAUGAGGAGCAAUCGGAGAUUAUGGAAAAGAAAGAAGCCGAAAAUGUUGUGAGUGAAGUGAAUGAUGGUUCUGCGAAUGGUGAUGAUUCGAAUGGUUUAGUAGAUGAUUCUAAGAAAGAGAUGGAGGUUGAAAGCUCGGUAAAUGAGAAUGCAGUGCCUGAUGGUUCUGACAGUAAUGAUUCUAGUGUAAACGUCUUUGCUGAUGAAAUGGUUAAAGAAAAAGAAGCUGAAAAUGUUGUCAAUGAAACAACUGAUGAUUCUUCCAAGAACAGAGACACGAACGAGAGCACCAACUCAAAUGAGGAGCAAACGGAGGUGGCCGAAAAGAAAGAUACAGACACUGAAAACAUUGUAAAUACAACAGCUGAUAAUUCUGAGAAAGAUGGCAGUGUUGUUCAAGGAGAGAGUGAGGUCAUCUCGAACGAGAAUGUAACCACGAAGGAGGAGCAAUCAGAAGAGACUGAAAAGAAAGAGGUAGAAACUGGAAACAUUGAGAAUUCAACAGCUGAUCAAUCCAAGGGGAAAGACGACGUUGGUGUUCAAGGAGAGAAUGAGGCCAUUACAAAUGAAAAUGUUACUACUAAUGAGGGGCAAUCAGAGGUGACCGGCGAGAAUAGAGAUGAACACUGAAAGCAAUUCAAAUGCUGCUUCUACGCAGAGUGAAAAUGUUGUCGAGAAUGGUAAAACCGAUGAUAAACUCAAAUCAGAGUCACAAGUAGAUGGAAACGAACAAUCAGAUGGAGUCACAGACAGAUCAAGCAACUACGACAGUAUCUGAUAAUCAAGUUGAACCACAGAUCAUAAACUCAACUGAAACUCCAGAACAAAAUGCCAGUGCUGAUGAACAAUCAAAUUCUGACAAGCUCAACACAACCACAACAAGACCAGAAGAAUCGAUCGAUAGCUCUUCGUCUUCAACCACAAACAAUUCGGUAAAUGGAAAUACUGAUCUUUCAACCACAUCAAACACCGAAAAUGAAACAAAGGGUGGUGAAUUAUUGUCUGCAGAGUGAGAAUGUAAAUCCAUCAUUCAAACUGAAACAAAGUCACUGAGACAGUAUCACUCUUGUUGUAAUACAUGGGUGACAAGAUCACUGUGUGACCUUGAAUGCAAUUUACCAAGCAUUAUUAAUCAAGUUUUAGCAUGAUUUUGUAUAAGUUUUGUCAUCUAAAUUAGGUGUAUCUGAUGUUGUAUAACUUUUUCUAUGAUUAUUAUAAUUAAUUUUGGAGGCUUUGAAUGGUCA